AAAAUGGAUGUUCCCAUCAAUAAUUUCAAAGGAGUCAUGCUUUGCAAUAGACCCAAUGAGAAUGUAAUGAUAGUGAAGGAAAAGUAUGAUAAUAAUGAGUGACUAUUCAGGCCAUUCUGCUCGAGAGUCUAGCCUUAUGACUAAUGGGGAUUGACAAAAAAGUAUGAAGAACCCAAAGUGAUUGUACCUCAAACUAAUCCUGCAUUGGAGAGACAUAAGAAAUGGUUGGAAGAAUUCAAACUCUAGAAUCAGAUUAAAAAGCAUGCCAAGGAAGAAUUAUAAGCGAGAGAAGAUGAGAAAUUCUUAAGAGUGAGAGAAUAAGCAAAGAAAGACAGGGAAGUGACCAAAAAAAUGAAGGAAGAUUACAAAUAGAUGAAUGAGAUUAUUAAAAAGGAAUUAUCAGAAGAGGUACCAAAAAGUAAAACGUAUAACAAUUAUUGUGAUAUUUGUUAAGUGUGGCAUUAACAGCAGAGAAUCUAAAGAAAUUAGAAGACAAGGAUUCCAAAGUAGAGAGUAAGGCAGGUGAUAAAAAGAAAAGAUAUAAGACUAAACCUGUUUGGGCAAUGACUAAAGAAGUAAUUAACAGUUAUGAUAUGAAAUGAUAGGAAGAGGAAUAACAUAUGAAGAAUGAAGAAGAUGAACUUUUGAAUUUCGUUGACAAUUUAGAUUAUGACUCAUACAUCAAUGAUUUAGAAGUACUUAAUUCGCCUAAUUUUUAGGUUAAUGUCAUGCUUAAAGCUCUCUAAUAGAGAAUUACUGAAAUUAAAAAAUAAGAUAAUCAAUAAGAAAAACCAGAUAACCUGCCUGAAUAAAAGUAGGAGCAAAGAGAACCUGAUAUUUAUGAUAAAAUUAGUUAAUCUUUAGGGAAAAAUGACGAAGCACGAUCUGUGCAUUCAGAGAAGACUUAAAGUAUUUCAAUUUGUAAUUUAGAUUCAAUUAAUCAAUUAAGAAAGAAGUAAGAACAGUUGGAAUAAGGUAAGUAGGAUUGGGAUAAGACAACUUCGAAUGGAGAUUAAAAGGCAUCAUUGGAAGACAGAAUUGCUAAGCAUGUUGCUGAUGAAAUUCUGAAUCAAUACAAAGUAUAGAUAGAAUGGCACGUAUUAGAAUCUGUCAAAUAUACAUUCCAAUUCAUCAAUCAGGAAAAUAUUAGAAAGAGAAGCCAAGAAGACUCUCCUUGAGACUGGAUUACCUGGACCUGUUAUUUCAGUAAUUAAAAACGAGAAGAUGCCCAGAGAUCCCAAUACUUUACCUUACUUACAUCGUAAUCCAGCCAUUUGAUUUUUUAAGACCCA